CUCGCGCCCAUUUGCGGCAAACAGUGCACAUGGUUUUGGUUGACGAAUUUUUCUUAUCCGGAAAAUAAACAAGCUUCGGUUGAGCAGUGAUGGAUCAAAUCCCGGCCGCCAUGGAUAGACACUUAGAUGUGAUUCAGUGUCACACAGAUGGCGGAGUGUUACUUGGUGCUUCAAGUUUAACAGGCAGAUAUUGGCUUGGUUCAUUAUGGUUUUAUCAGAAUCCAAAUAAUGCACCUGAUGUAGAAAAAUGUACAGCUGGCGUCCAAUUAGAGGCUGGCCUUACUGAUGCCAGAUGGAUAGAUAGUAACAAGGUUAUAGUUGGCUUAGAUACAGGUGGUAUAGAAAUCUGGGAGUUGAUAGAAAAUUACCACACAUUUGUACACGUUCAUUCCUCCUUAGAACAUGAUAACAUCAUCAGUAGUGUACAUCUGUCAUGUGACAACAAACGAGCUGUAUCAUGUGGAUAUGAUAAAUGUAUCAAAGUUUGGGAUGUAGAAACACUCUCAUCAGUUCACUCAUUUAGAGGGCAUUUCGAUAUAGUAGAAUGUGUAAGAUGUCAUCCUUUAGAACCAGCCAUGUUCCUGUCUUGUUCACAAGAUAAAAGAAUUUUACUAUGGGAUACACGGAAACCUCGACCUGCAUCAGUAGUAGGUAUGUUUCCUAUAGAACGAAAAUUUAUACCCUCUAUUGUAGAUUCUUCGCCAUUAGAAAACUCACCGAGAUGCUUAUCAUGGCAACCACAGUCUAAGAACAUGUUUGCUGUUGGUAGUAGCACAGGGCAGAUUGUCUUCAAGGAUACACGAACCUCAAUCGGAACUCCUCUAUCAUUUACACCGCACACAAGGGAUGUGUAUAAAUUAGAAUUCUGUAGUAAUAGACCUCAGUUAUUGGCCUCUGUAUCAGAGGAUUGUACAACUGUUGUUACAUCAAUGGAAACACAGAAACAAGUAUAUAGAGAUUGUUCACAUAAAGAUUAUGUACGAGGAGUGUCAUGGAUGAAUGACUUACAGUUAUAUACAUGUGGUUGGGACUCACAAGUCAAAUUAAACAAUGUUGUGCAUUUAUUGUCUCAUAAAAAUGAAUCAGCAGAAAAUAGUGUUCAAAUGGACGUUAAUGGCGGGUCAGACGACAAUUCAAACGCAAAACAAUCAACAAAGGAAGUAAAAUGUAAUGGGAAUGGUGUUACUAUAGAAACUGGUGCUUCAGAUACAAAGCUAGACACAACAUAACUACCUCUGUUUAAAUGUAACAAACUACAACAACACCAGUCACAACUUGCAUUAAUAUUGUUUUUGUUUUGUUAUAUCCUUAGUUGUUAUGGAUCUGAAAAAUUAGUGAUCUUGGCGCUACACUCAAUUUUGUUAUGAUUUUUUUUUUUCAGUUUUUACCCAGCCCUUGGAAGGGAAUGCAUUUUUAGCUCACCUGGCCCAAAAGGCCAUGUGAGCUUUUCUCAUCACUUGGCGUCCGUCGUCCGUCACCUCUGUAGUUUUAGCUUUUACAAAAAUCUUCUCCUCUGAAACCACUGGACCAAAUUUAACCAAACUUGGCCACAAUUAUCAUUAGGGUAUCUAGUUUUAAAAAUUUGUCCGAUGACCCCGCCAACCAACCAAGAUGGCCGCCAUGGCUAAAAAUAGAACAUAGGGGUAAAAUAUAGAUUUUGGCUUAUAUCUCUGAAACCAAAGCAUUUAGAGUAAAUCUGACAGAGGGUAAAACUGAUUAUUAGGUCAAGAUCUAUCUGCCCUGAAAUUUUCAGACAAAUCUGACAACCCAUUGCUGGCUUGCUGCCCCUGAAUUGGUAAUUUUAAGGAAAUUUUGCAGUUUUUGGUUAUUAUCUUGAAUAUUAUUAUAGAUAGAGAUAAACUGUAAACAGCAAUGAUGUUCAGCAAAGUAAGAUCUACAAUUAAGUCGUCAUGACCAAAAUUGUCAGUCGACUCCUUUAGGAGUUAUUUCCCUUUAUAGUCAAUUUUUAACAAUUUUUCGUUAAUUUUUGUAACCUUUUACAAAAAUCUUCUUCUCUGAAACUACUGAGAGAAAAAUUGGCCUUAAUCAUUAUUAGGGUAUCUAGUUUAAAAAAAUUGUCUGAUGACCCCGCCUUCCAACCAUCAUGGCCGACAUGGUUAAAAAUAGAACAUAGGGGUAAAAUGCAGUUUUUGGUUUAUAUCUCUGAAACUAAAGUAUUUAGAGCAAAUCUGACAGGUGGCAAAAUUUGUUCAUCAGAUUUAGAUUUAUGUGCCCUGAAAUUUUCAGACGAAUCCAACAACCCGUUGUUGGGUUGCUGCCCCCGAGUUAGUAAUUUUACAGAAAUUUUGCAGUUUUUUGUUAUUAUUUUAGAUAUCAUUAUAUCUAAUAUCUAAUAGUAUUAAUUAUGAUUUUAACCUUAUUUUACAUGAUUUCCAAAGCAUCAGUAAAUACAGGUGAGCGACACAUGCUCUUGAGAGCCUCUAGUUACCUUAUAUUAUAUUCCAGUCUAUUUUGGCAGAAGUAAAGCAUUAACUGAUUCUUAAUCUAGUUGACUCUGAUUAUUUUUCACAGACCUUUUGUGGGGUAGUCUGUUCAAUUAAAAUAAUUCCAUUAUCAGUAGUAUUUUAUCCAGAUAACACAUAUUUUUAUUAACCAUUUGAGCCAAAGAACCAUAUUUGCUUUUACCAUCCCUUUUAUGCUGUAGUAAUUGUGCUAGGGCUGUAUUAAUAUCUUACUGUAUGAAUCAGUUUUAGCUUGGAUGGGACACAGCAGAAUUUUGAAGUGAUAAUGAAGUUUGUAUAGACAAGAUGGACUAACAAAUGAAUGUUAAAAUCAAUUCAUAUGAUCAGUAUAAUCAAGCUUUUCCAUUGUUUUUUUUAUCUAUCUUGUAUGAAAAAAAAUGAAAAUUUGAGGAAAUUGUGCCAUGUCAAAGAAUAUGGUUGUUCAGUAACAUGUUCAUUUUUUAAUAAAAUCAUAACAAUUCCA